GAUACGGCAUCGUUUCACUCACUAAUCCCACCCCCUCCCCUCCCCCCCUUUUCCCCGUGAAUUUUCUCUGCUCUGUUUGCAGUGCGGAACCCUAGAAGCAACAAUUAACUCAACAUGGCCAUAGCAAGAACCGGUGUUUACGUCGACGACUAUUUGGAGUAUUCGAGUACGUUACCCGCGGAGCUUCAGAGAUUGCUCAAUACUAUUCGAGAACUGGAUGACCGAUCCCAAGCAAUGAUAAACCAGACAAGGCAGCAAACCAAGUACUGUUUGGGAUUGGCAUCUCAAGGAUAUGGGGGCUUAUUCUCUAAGAAAUAUGGUGUCAACAGCGAUGAAGACAAUGAAACAUUUGAAAAGCUUCAAAAAGAUAUUGAGGCCAACCAGGACAGUGCACUCGGUCUCUGCACUGAAAAGGUUCUAUUGGCCCGACAAGCAUAUGAUCUUGUAAGCUCACAAUGUCAUCAGUGCUACUGCACUUGACUGCAUGUUAGUUGGUAUCACUUCUUGUAUUACUGUUGUUAAAUUAUGCAGAAAUAAAAAGCUCGUUUCUAUUGAACAA